AUGAAAGCUAACGAGGAGUGCAUAACAAUAACAAUCCCGACAAGUGUGUAUGGUCAUGAACAAAAACUUAGUGUUGAUUAUGAGAAUAUGUUUGAUUGGUGCUUCCAAAGAGAGAUUGAAGCUACUCACUUGUCCAUCUUUAUGAAUGGGAUCAAGAAAUUUAGCGAGAAAUAUCGGAAGGAUAUCAAGAAGGUGAAAAAGAAUAAUCCAGGGAUAAAGUGGAAGAAACCACAAUGUCCUCGUCAACCCCUAAACUCCUACGAGUGUGGAUAUUAUAUAUGCCGCUACAUGCUUGAGACUAUAGAAAAAAGACGACAAGUUAUUCCUGAUCAGGUGGUUGAUGUUCCUAGUGCGUUGGUUGAUUCGGUGGUGGUGGGAGUGGGGGGAGGUGGUCAGUGGGAGGGAGUUGUAUUGGUGGUGGUGGGAGGUGGUGGUGGGCAGUGUGGGAGGGAAGAGAAGUUCCCGGAGAUGGAUCGUAGUUGGAUUUAUGGUAGACGUGACACAAAGGAUUUCAUGCAUGGGGUUUCGAAGUUCUGUAUGAGUGCUUUACAACAUCAAGCUAGUACGGGGGUCAAAGAGUUUUAUUGUCCUUGUGCCGAUUGUGAGAAUGUGAACACGGUCAAUAAUGUUUUGGUGAUUAGAGAUCAUGUAUUUAUGCGUGGGUUUAGACCUAAUUACCAUGUAUGGGUUUAUCAUGGUGAGAGUGGAGUGUACGUAGGUAAUUCUAGUAAGAAUGUUGUGCAUGAACAAGAAGAAGCUAUCUAUGCGGAAGGGGAAGCCGAUUGUUUUGAGGAUGAGGAUGACGAUGACGUUGAAAAUAAUAUUGAUGAUGAUAAUGAUCGUGUCGAGGACAUGUUGCACGAGGUCGAGGAUGAAGUUCGCGAUCGUGUUUUUGAGUGCUUGUCUAAGGCGGCUGAAACGCCAUUGUAUCCUGGUUGUACAAAGUAUAGCAAGCUUUCCGUUGUUUGCACACUCUACAAUAUCAAGACAAGCGGAGGCUGGACUGACAUUAGUUUCACUGAGUUGUUGGUGGCGCUAAGUGAUAUGUUACCGGCUGGCAAUGAACUUCCCAGGUCGAACUAUUAUGCCAAGAAGCUCAUGUGUCCCUUUGGUUUAGAGUACAAGAAGAUACAUGCUUGUCCAAAUGAUUGUCUGCUAUAUCAUAAGCAGUAUGAGAAUUUGGAUAAGUGUCCACGGUGCGGAGUGUCGCGUUACAAAUGCAAAGGGGUAAGCGAGGGUAAGAAUGUUUACCAAGCUAAGGUGUUGUGGUAUCUUCCCAUAAUACCGAGAUUCAAGCGCUUGUUUUCGAUAAAAAAAGAUGCAAGGAAUUUGAGGUGGCAUGCAGAUCCUGAUCGAAGGAAGAGAGAUGGUUUGCUUAGGCAUCCUGCUGAUUCUCCCCAGUGGAAGACUAUUGACAAGCUUCAUGACACUUUUGGUAAGGAACCUCGGAAUUUGAGGCUUGGGUUAUGUACGGAUGGGAUGAAUCCAUUUGGCACUCUUAGCUCCCAACAUAGUACAUGGCCAGUACUUUUAGUCAUAUAUAAUUUACCUCCUUGGUUGUGUAUGAAACACAAGUACAUCAUGUUGUCGCUUCUUAUAUCGGGGCCUAAACAACCGGGAAACGACAUAGAUGUCUACCUUGAACCUCUCGUUGAUGAUUUGAGAAAGAUGUGGGAUGAAGGGGUUUCUGUGUUUGAUGCACAUGCAAAUGAGACGUUUAGAUUGCGUGCAAUGCUUUUCUGCACCAUCAAUGACUUCCCUGCUUAUGGUAACUUAUCCGGCUACAAGAACAAAGGAAUGAAAGCUGCCCGACUUGUGAAGAGGAUACACAAUCCAAAUAUAUUUCCGAAUGUCACAAAUAUGUGUUCUUGCGAACGCGAAGGCUUCUUAGACGUGAUCAUCCCUAUCGUAAGAUGA